CCUGUAUCGAAAUGGUUGUUAUCUGUCAGCAUAUAUGUCUCACCGGCCUUCCCGUAGUCGACACCAGUCAGCAUGCAAAUCCUACAGGCUCUCCUCGUGGCUUGUGUUGUGUUAUUUGGGGUUCAAGUGCAAGGGCAACAACUCCCGAUUCCAAUGUGUGCGACAAAUCCACACGUGACUGUCGGCCCAGAUGAUCCAAGACUACCAAUGCUGCCCUUGCAGUAUGAAGUCCACGUCGAAGGCGCAAUCAUUGACCAGUCGAUGACUGUGACGGCCGAUGAGUAUGUAUCGGUCAUCUUUGGAGCAUCGUCUCUGAAGACCACGCAAGGUGGGAAUAGCGAAAUCGUUAUUCUUAACAUCAACACAAACGAGAGUUACCACAUUUUUGAUUCAGAGUGCACCGUGUAUAACCAGUCGACAGACGUAGUGGAUGUUUUGGUAGGAGGGGCGUCAGGCGUGUCGUCAAUGCCACAUACAUACUCAACAGCGUCUGUACUCAAGUUCGCCCAGAAAUACGGCGAGGUAUAUAAGGGCAAGUCUACUGUCCGGGGCAUUCAGUGUGACCACUGGCAGUCGUGCAUGUACUGGGGAUUCCUUGGCGUCAACUUCACCCUCGACUACUACUUCUCUGUUCCCAACUGGAACACAGCUGGUGGUUCUCCUCAGGUCCCGGUCAGGGCUGAAGUCGUCGGCUACCAAAAUUUGGCGGGCCCCGGACCAGGAUCCAGCUUUCAUCACAUAUAUGACUACACUGGCUACAAGAGCUAUCUCACUGACAUUACAGUGUUUCAGACGCCAGUAGGCGUGGCUUGUGAAGGUCGUCGUCAGACACGUCGCAUGCCGCAGUUGAAGCCGCAGUAUCGGUACAGACAGGAGGUAACUCACCUCAGCGGACAGAUGGUUUACCAGGAAGACGUCUGGUAUGACUACAACCUCCAACUCGUCCGUUGGGACCACCGACCAACACACAAAAACAACCAUUACAACACCCUUGACGCCAUCACAGAGAUUCACGACUUCAACACAGGACUGGCUUAUAUCAUUUACAAAGACUUCCCGCGCUGCAACUUCUAUCACAUACAGAAUGAUACCUGGGAUGCAGCUCCAGAUGCGUCCACGUCAUCACUGAGACUGAAGCCGCCAGAGGGGAUGUUCAGCUUGGAUUCAUCCUAUGCUUAUUCAGGACAGCGAACAGUCCGGGGAAUCGCGUGUGACGUGUACUCAGCAGUCAGGACGGACUACGGGAGUCUCCGGGGCCUUAACGUCACAUUUGAGAUCUACUUCAUGAGCCAUGACUGGCAUAGUGCGAAUGACAUUGGGAAUGACCCGGACAGCACUGAUACGCCUGUUAGACUGGACAUAUCGGAACCUACGACUAGUUUUGGAAUCAUCUACGAUUAUUACGACUUCGACCAAACACAUCCAGAUGUUAUCAACGCCUUCGACAUCACAACAUGCUACAAGGACGCUCCAGGAAUAGACUUUCAGAUUACGUUCCCAGGUAGUCCAUCAUAUUCAGAAUGUAAUCCAAUUUCUAUUCUGCCGCAACAAGAAACAGUCCUACACGAUGUGGGAAGGGUGAGCAUCGCCAGUGCAGCCCGACUGACCCCACUACGUAUUCAGAACCUGGAAGUCCACUGGGGUGAAAACGACACGUACUUGAUCGGUACAUUACUGGAUCAGGCGCCUCUAACAGCCGGCGCUGGCCACGAGGUUGGCAGGGGUCAGGCUUACAGGGCGCUGGCGAAUGCAGUGACAAGUGGUCAAGUGGGCAUUGUUGUCCCCCACGGAAACACGAGCACUGUACUUAACGCCACUGGGAUCACAACCGACAUCUGGAGGCAAGGGUCAUCAGGAUCGCAAUAUUCAUCAAAAUUAUCAGUCUUGCAUCACUUCACGUUUUCUGCAAAUCGUGCGUUACCCAGAGGAGAUGGUAAUACGAUCCUUACCGGACUGUCAUUGGAAGACUGCGCAAGUCAGUGUCUAGCCCAUUUAAUCUUCUCGUGCCAGACAUUCCAGUACCAACCAAGCAGUGGCAAGUGUUCCCUGGCCUCUGAACUCCCUGACACCAGUCAUGCAGUUACCCACACCGAGGCAUCUCAUGUCUACACACGGGAUUAUACCCUUGGAUUCAGCGCCCUCUACAACACCUACAUUGGGAACAAAUCCUUCUCCGAGACACAUCCUAACAUUCCAACGGUCAACUCCUGUGCACAACUUUGUAUACGAGCGUCGAUGACAAUACCAUGUACAUCUUUUAAUUACGCUCAGAAAUACGGCACGUGCAUCCUCGAGUCACAUGAUCGCAACGACGUCUCCCCCUCCGAUAUUGUUUCAAGCACAGUGUGGGACAACUAUUUGCGAGACUACAGCACAGACUUCAAGGAAAGCAAGGGGUAUACCGUGACAACAACAGCAAAGUUUAGGACUGAGCAAAGUUCAGUGUCUGACUGUGCCAAGUUGUGUGUAGCAGAAACGGGCUUCUCAUGUGCCAGCUUCAUAUUUUGCACGGAUCGCACGUGCAGACUUCAAACUGAGUCUCUUUAUGAUGUCGACCACCUGUCAGCUAUCCCGUAUGAUUGGUGCAGUAUUUACAAUCGUAUGCAUUACCCAGAUGGAAGUCUCUACCUACCACCUGAUCUCACAGAGAAAACUUGUCUUCAGACUUCAAGCACCAGUAAAACCCAAGCAACGAAAACGGAUGCAUCUGCACACACAGAGCCUCAAACGCCAACAGCGACAUCGACACCAACAAAGACAACGACACCAACAAAGACAACGACACCAACAAAGACAACGACGCCAACGACGCCAACAACCACGACAAGAUCGACGAAACCGACGGGGAAAACUAUAUCUGCAUCCACACAGGUACCUCGCAAGACGGAGAAACCUACUCCCUGUGCUUGUGUCUGCAACAAUCCAACAACGCCAGCCGUCACACCUCCUACAGCAACGUAUACAGGAGGUCUCAAAACAUCAUCGUCAUCGUCAGGAACACAGUGUGGAGAAACGUCACCGUCCAAACCUUCGCCAGCAACAGGUACAAUAGUUGGAAUAGCCAUCGCAAUGUUGAUCCUGGGAGGCAUCCUCGGCGGCAUUAUCGUCUUCUUCAUUCAACGACGUCGCGAGGGCAAUAUGAAAUACGACAAGUACAUUAGCAACCCAGUGUACUCUGAAUAAA